UUUUUUUGAUAGCACUGCGUGCAAUACAACAAACUGUCAACCCAUCCAAUGUGAAUCUGUAUCAUCUGUGUGUUAGGUGUAGUGUAUUUACGCAAAACCAAAACGCCGAUUGCAGACUUUAUUUCUGAAAAGCAGUGGUUUUUCGAAACAAAUAGCAAAAAUGACGGCUUUUGAAGAAUUUGGUGUCCUGCCUGAAAUUGCAAAGGCUGUCGAUGAAAUGGAAUGGACACUUCCUACCGACGUGCAAGCAGAAGCUAUUCCAUUAAUUCUAGGCGGUGGUGAUGUGUUGAUGGCUGCUGAAACCGGCAGUGGAAAGACUGGAGCAUUCUGUUUACCGAUUCUUCAAAUUGUGUGGGAAACACUCAAAGAUUUGGCAGAUGGUAAGGGAGCAAAAGGUGCCGUGUCGGCGGCAAUACCUUCGUGGACAAUGUCAUUUUUCGACCGUGGCAAUGCAUUAGCUGUCACGCCUGAUGGUCUGAGAUGCCAGUCCCGGGAAUUUAAAGAGUGGCAUGGAUGUCGCAGUACUACUGGUGUAAAAGGCACAGGAAAGUACUACUUUGAGGCUAUCGUUACUGACGAGGGUCUCUGCCGUGUCGGUUGGUCCACUGACCAGGCCAAUCUUGACUUAGGUACAGAUAAGUUCAGUUUCGGUUUCGGCGGAACUGGUAGAAAGUCGCACAACAAGCAAUUCGAUCCGUACGGUGAGGAGUUCGGAAUGCAUGAUGUUAUCGGAUGCUGCCUUGAUCUCCAGAAUUAUGAAGUUCGAUUCACGAAAAAUGACAAAGAUCUGGGCGUUGCAUUUUCCAUACCGAAUAAUCUACGAAACUCAACGUUCUAUCCGGCGGUUGUGCUAAAAAACGCCGAGAUGCAAUUCAACUUUGGUGCCACCGAAUUCAAACAUAAAAUUCCGAAUGGGUAUGUGGCUGUGUCGAAAGUCGACCCGAAGAAUGUCGUUCAAAAUCCUCGUGCUUCGAAUUCGGGAAGUGGACAAGACUUUGUACCGAAGCCGAAUGCACCGCAAGCCAUUAUCAUUGAACCAUCUCGUGAAUUGGCCGAGCAGACGCUCAAUCAAAUCGUUAAAUUUAAGAAAUUUUUGAAAGAUCCUCUGGUCCGAGAACUACUUAUAAUUGGAGGUGUUAAUGUUCGUGAUCAGUUGUCAGUUUUGCAGCAAGGUGUCGACAUUCUGGUGGCUACGCCAGGUCGAUUGGACGAUUUGAUAGGUGGUGGACAGGUUUCACUGACUCACUGUCGAUUCUUUGUAUUGGAUGAAGCCGAUGGUCUUCUAAGUGCUGGUUACUUGAACAUGAUCGAAAAUUUGCAUAAGCAAAUUCCCAAAAUAACCGUUGAUGGACGUCGACUGCAAAUGAUCGUUUGCAGUGCCACAUUACAUUCGUUCGAUGUGAAAAAGAUGGCAGAGAAAUUGAUGCAUUUUCCCACUUGGGUUGAUUUGAAAGGCGAGGAUGCUGUUCCAGAAACGGUUCAUCACGUUGUCACCAUGGUCGAUCCACAAAAGGACUUAUCGUGGCACAACAUGAAGCGACACAUCCAAACUGAUGGAGUGCACAACAAUGAUAAUGUUCGGCCUGGCAACAAUACGGCAGAAACAUUUUCCGAGGCAGUUAAAAUGCUCAAGGCGGAAUACUUGAUCCAAGCCAUAGAAGAGCAUAAAAUGGAUCGGGCGCUUCUGUUUUGCCGUACGAAAGUGGAUUGUGACAAUUUGGAGAAUUAUUUGAAACAGGUUGGCGGUCAGAAAUAUUCUUGUGUGUGUUUGCAUGGUGACCGGAAUCCCAAAGAACGGAAAGCAAAUUUGGAAUCGUUCAAGGCGUCUAAGGUCAAAUUUUUGAUUUGCACCGAUGUUGCAGCCAGAGGUCUGGAUAUUUCGGGUCUACCGUUCGUCGUCAACUUUACCCUUCCCGAUGAAAAAUCCAAUUACGUCCAUCGAAUCGGUCGUGUUGGACGUGCUGAACGAAUGGGUCUUGCUAUUAGUCUUGUCGCUACGGUUCCCGAAAAGGUAUGGUAUCAUGGACAAUGGUGCAAUUCCCGUGGCAAAAACUGCUGGAAUACAAACCUAACAGAUGUGAAAGGAUGUUGCAUGUGGUACAACGAAAAGAAUUAUUUGGCUGAUAUAGAAGAUCAUCUGAAUAUAACCAUUCAGCAAGUGGACAAAAACAUGAAGGUGCCACUGAACGAGUUUGAUGGCAAAGUGGUCUACGGUGAAAAACUUCAAAAUUCCGGCACUGGCUACAAGGACCACGUAGCGCAGAUGACCAGCGUUUUGUCACGUCUCUCUGAUUUGGAGUCGAAGGCUCAGACGAUGUUCUUGAAGAGAUUUCUGUAGAUGAUAAACUGUGUAAUGAUUGCAAUUGGGAUGAUUUUUCAAUGAAAUAAACAAAAUCGAUAAAUUAUGCGACCAA